AUGGCAAAAUCAAUUUCAGAUGAUUUUGAGCUUAAACAAGAUACUACAAGAAUACCGUUUAAUGAGCUUAAUGAUAGUCUGCCUAAAAUAAAUUAUAACGAAUUAUUAAUUGAUAAGCUUAAGAUCAAACCUACAAACCUCAUAGAGUGGAAACAAAGGCAUUAUUUAACAAACUAUUUUAAUAACAAUAAGAAAAUUAAAAUAUUUAUAACUUUUGGAAAUUGGUACGAUAGUAAAGACUCACUAAGGCUCACUUAUAAACCUGAUGGAACCUUAGUUUAUUGCGAUAUACCAUGUAUCUGGGAAAAAAGAAAUCUAGGUGAAUUAUAUCCUGUAGAACUUAGAACUGCUGAUGCCAUUUUUAAUAGCCUAAGACUCAUUGUCCGGCUUGCUACAUAUGAUAUUUAUUCUUCAUUUGAUGAAAAUUCAGAUAUUUCCACAAGUUAUGUUCGAACUGAUCCUGAAAUAUGGAGAGCAACACCACCUUUUAAUAUAACAACCCUUUCCACAAAUUCAACGCUUAUCUCGUUUAUUGCAUCCCACAUUACUGAAUUUAGAAAAUCUUUUAUUCCAUUACUUCAAGCUCAUAUGAAUGUCGCAUCUUUUGGUAAUGUCUACCAGAAUACUCCUUGGGAUCUUUAUCCUGAAUGCUUGAACUUGUGGAAAUUUGAUACUAAAAAUUGUGUAGUUUCAAAAUAUCCUUUCUACUUAGCAAUCGAAAGUUGUCAAGAAAAGGAUUACUCUACUGAAAAACUUUGGGAUAUAUUUAAAUUAGGUGUUGUGCCUGUUAUAUGGAGUGCACCUAAUGUUCGUUCAUACUUAACACAUCAUAAAUCCGUUAUUUUCAUUGAUGACUUUCCGAAUGUUGAAGCUCUUGCAAACUACUUGAGGUACUUGGUUAAAAAUGAAACUGCAUAUUUAGAAUACCAUAAGUGGCGGACCAUGAAAUUUUCAGAUGAAUUUGAGAAGAAAUCAUAUAUGAGUAUGCGUAAUAUGGAAUGUAAUAUUUGUAAAGAGGUUGCUAGACUAAGAAUUUUAGAAGGUAGAAUUUAA